AUGACCCCGCUUCCCGCAGGCAACGGCACCGUCCCUAAUUGCAGCUGGGCCGCCGUUCUGAGCCGGCAGUGGGCGGUGGGAGCCGCGCUGAGCAUCACCAUUCUGGUCAUCGUGGCCGGCAACCUGCUGGUCAUCGUGGCCAUCGCCAAGACGCCGCGGCUGCAGACCAUGACCAACGUCUUUGUCACCUCGUUGGCCUGCGCCGACCUGGUCAUGGGCUUGCUGGUGGUGCCACCGGGGGCCACCAUCCUGCUGAGCGGCCACUGGCCCUACGGGACGGUGGUGUGUGAGCUGUGGACCUCUCUGGACGUGCUGUGUGUGACGGCGAGCAUCGAGACGCUGUGCGCCAUCGCCGUGGAUCGCUACCUGGCCAUCACGGCACCGCUGCAGUACGAGGCGCUGGUGACCAAGGGCAGAGCGUGGGCUGUGGUGUGCAUGGUGUGGGCCAUCUCUGCCUUCAUCUCCUUCCUGCCCAUCAUGAACCACUGGUGGCGGGACGGGGCGGACGAGCAGGCGGUGCGCUGUUACGAUGAUCCACGCUGCUGUGACUUUGUCACCAACAUGACCUACGCCAUCGUCUCCUCCACCGUCUCCUUCUACGUGCCGCUGCUCGUCAUGAUCUUCGUCUACGUCCGUGUCUUUGCUGUGGCCACACGCCACGUCCAGCUCAUCGGCAAGGACAAGGUGAGGUUCCUGCAGGAGAACCCCAGCCUCAGCUCCAGGGGAGGGCGGUGGCGUCGGCCCUCCCGCCUGUUGGCCAUCAAGGAGCACAAGGCGCUCAAGACCUUGGGCAUCAUCAUGGGCACCUUCACGCUCUGCUGGCUGCCCUUCUUCGUGGCCAACAUCAUCAAGGUGUUCUGCCGGCCUCUGGUGCCCGACCAGCUGUUCCUCUUCCUCAAUUGGUUGGGCUACGUCAACUCAGCCUUCAAUCCCAUCAUCUACUGCCGCAGCCCCGACUUCAGGAGCGCUUUCCGCAAGCUGCUUUGCUGCCCACGCCGCGCCGACCGCCGGCUGCACGCUGCCCCACAGGACCCACAGCACUGCUCCUGUGCCUUCAGCCCCCGGGGGGACCCGGUGGAGGACGGCAAGGCUGUGGACCCCGGGCAGCUCAGGGAGGACAGCGAGGUGCAGGGGAGCAGCAGGAGGGAGGAGAAUGCCUCAUCCCAUGCUGGUGGCCACCAGCAGCGGCCUCUGGGCGAGUGCUGGCUGCAGGGCAUGCAGAGCAGGCUGUGCGAGCAGCUGGAUGAGUUCACCAGCAGAGAGAUGCCGGCAGGUCCCUCGGUCUGA